GCUGCAUCAUCGCGAGAUUUGAUUCUCUGAUCGUUAUUUGAAAAAUGGCUUCGGAGGCGAGCGGCGCGUCUGUGAGUGAGAGAGAUACAGCAGAAGGAGAUACUUCAUUUGGAGAGCUGACCGCAAACAUGGAGACCGAGGCUUCCAGUGGUAAAGACACUAUGGACACGGCUGGUGACAGUUCAGAGGCGGCUGACACACAGACGGGUUCAGGAGACGAUGAAAGCGGGCGUCAGUUGGGUGAUGUGGAGCUGCAGUGUGCUCUCUGUAUGAAGUGGUUCACAGCGGACACAUUCAGCAUCGACACAGCAAAUUGUCUUCCAUUCAUGACCAACUACGUGUUCCAUUGCAAUUUGUGUCACCACAGUGGAAACACUUAUUUUCUGAGGAAACAAGCGAAUCUAAAAGAGAUGUGCCUCACCGCUUUGGCGAAUCUGACAUGGAGGUCCCGGAGUCAGGAGGAACAUCCCAAAACCAUGUUUCCUAAAGACAAGGACAUCAUACCCUUCAUUGACAAAUAUUGGGAGUGCAUGACGACCCGUCAAAGACCCGGCAAACUCACAUGGCCAAACAACAUUGUCAAGACCAUGAUUAAAGAGCGUGACGUGUUCCUGGUGAAAGAACAUCCAGACCCCGGCAGCAAAGACCCUGAGGAGGACUAUCCUAAAUUUGGCCUGCUUGAUCAGGAUCUGGGCAACAUUGGACCAUCAUACGACAACCAAAAGCAAGUGACAACAGUCACAGGAGCUGGAGGUUUGAACGGUGGAUCAACUUUUUCAGGUGGUCUUCCUCCAGCAGCUACAGGUAAAGGCAGAGGAGCCAAACGCAAACAACAACAGCAGCAGGACGGAGCUACUGCGGGAACAGCCAAAAGAACACGCAGUGACCCGUUGUUCUCCGCUCAGCGUCUGCCCCCUCACGGUUACCCCCUCGAGCACCCCUUUAACAAAGAUGGUUACCGCUACAUCUUAGCAGAGCCGGACCCUCACGCUCCCGAUCCCGAGAAACUGGAGCUGGACUGCUGGGCUGGAAAACCUAUCCCUGGAGAUCUGUACAGAGCAUGUCUGUAUGAGAGAGUCCUGCUGGCCCUCCACGACAGAGCUCCACAGCUGAAGAUCUCAGACGACCGCUUGACAGUAACCGGAGAGAAGGGUUAUUCCAUGGUCCGAGCAUCUCACGGGGUCCGAAAGGGGGCGUGGUAUUUCGAGGUCACUGUGGAUGAGAUGCCUCCUGACACUGCUGCUCGACUGGGCUGGUCUCAACCUUUAGGAAACCUUCAGGCUCCUCUGGGUUAUGAUAAAUUCAGCUACUCGUGGCGCAGUAAGAAAGGAACACGCUUCCAUCAGUCCAUAGGAAAGCAUUAUUCUGACAGCUAUGGUCAGGGCGACAUCUUGGGCUUUUACAUUGAACUGCCGGAUGGCACAGAGACCUCAAAGGCUUUGCCAGAUACCUACAAGGACAAAGCUCUGAUCAAAUUCAAAAGCUACCUGUACUUUGAAGAGAAAGACUACGUGGACAAAGCCGAGAAGAGUUUAAAACCAACGAGCCCCAGUCGAGUCAUUUUUUUCAAGAAUGGAGUGAGUCAGGGUGUGGCGUAUGAGAAUCUGUUCGAGGGGAUGUAUUACCCUGCCAUAUCCCUCUACAGGAGCUGCACGGUGUCUGUUCAUUUUGGACCACACUUCAAAUACCCACCGAAAGACAUCAAGUAUCAGCCGGUCAGUGAUAUGGGAUGGGGAGCUGUCACUGAACACACACUGGCAGAUAUGUUGUACCACGUUGAGACUGAAGUAGAUGGUCGACGCAGCCCUCCAUGGGAGGGAUAAACCUACCUGCUCCAUCCUGGUGACAACACGGACUGUCUUACAAAGAUGCCAAAUCAAUUUCCCAUACGUGUCGCUCAUAAAACACACAGCUAUUUAAAAAAUGUCACGCAAUAAUUUGUUUUCAUUCCAUACAGUCACACUUUGCCCAAACUUGGCCGAAGAUGCAAUUUUUUCCGGUCAUGACAUGCAGAACGCAUGACUCGUAUUUCAAUUUUCUAUAUGAAACCACAGCUGAAGUUGAUGUGAAUGGGAUGUCGUCACUGUCGUGGUCACACAUUUUGUUAAAGGGUGCUAGAUCUCCUCAUACUGCAGUUUUAUCUUUGUAUCUCACAGUAUUUUAUUUCCAGAAAAGAUUAGGAGUAAAGUGCAUUCUCGUGCGGUGUGUGUGUGUGCCGGUUCAAAUCUGAAAGUGUGACCUGGCAGUUUCCUCAUAGUUAUCAUGUGUCCCGUGCAGCCCGGAUGUUUUUCAAUUGUGUUUGUUUGUUAAUUGGUUCGUAGUUACUCAAAUAGGUGUAAAAUAUAAUUAUUUUAUCGCAAACCAUGUUUUAUACACUCUUGUUUUAAUAAAGACCUAAACAGCUCUGAGA